UCCAGAUCUCCUCCCAACGACCUCAAGCAAGCUACCCCCGAAGCCACCGCUCAAGACCAAGGAAAAAAAGGAGAAUGAAAUCCGCGAUGCUUCCCCUGCUCCUCCUGCUCGCCGUGGCCGGCCCCGCCGCCGCGAAGCCGACGGCCUACGAGGCGCUCGCGGCCUUCGACUUCCCCCCGGGCAUCAUCCCCAAGGGGGUCGUCUCCUACACCCUCGACAACGCCACCGGCGACUUCACGGCGCACAUCAACUCCUCCUCCACCUGCGAGUUCUCCAUCCAGGGCUCCUACUCGCUCCGGUACAAGCCCGACAUCAGCGGCCGCAUCUCCGUCGACCGCCUGACCAACCUCCAGGGCGUCACCGUCAAGGUCCUCUUCUUCUGGCUCAACAUCGUCGAGGUCACCCGCAGCGGCGACCAGCUCGGCUUCUCCGUCGGCAUCGCCUCCGCCGACUUCGGCCUCGACAACUUCCUCGAGAGCCCCACCUGCGGCUGCGGCUUCGACUGCAACGACCUCCUGCUGCCGCAGUCCACCGCCGAGCCGAGCCUGCGCCUGCGAGGUGCGUUCUAGGAUCCCCACCGAGCUCUCUCACAAGUCACAACGGCCCCUUCAAAAUUCAGCUAGUUCGUGGAUGGAUUAUUCAUGCUCUUGUUGCUGGAAGAUACCAAGGGGCUGGUAGUAUUUUCUAGUGAUGUUCCUGUUUUAGAUGGACCAACAAUUUCAGGACUCGAUUUCGAUGGGUCCGUGUAUGAGUGGUGUACUGUUUCAUCAGGAAGUUUAGAGUAAAACACUUGAGAUCAAUAAAAGUUUCAUGUUCCUAAA